GACGCUUUCUCCCCAGCGGCCAACCCCAGGCCGGCUAGUGAGAGGGGAGACAGGCCAGGGCUGUGUCUGAAAGUGGUCGCGCAUGAAGACACCUUGGAGGGCGAGCUGGUGGGACCCGGGAGCCCGUGGGCAAAAGAAAGGUGGCCUCUGCUCACUUCACCCUCCACGAGGUCCACUGCCUACGGUUCCUUGUCCUCUGCCCAGAGUGUGAGGAGGCCGUCCCAGGGGUGAAGAUGGAGGAGCAUUGCAAGAACAGCCACCGGCAGGUUGGGUGUGCGAUGUGUCAGCAGAGCGUGCAGAAGCCCUUGCUGGAAUUUCACGAGGCCAAGGAAUGCCAGGAGCGCCCUACUGAGUGUAAGUUCUGCAAGCUGGCUGUGCGGCUCAGCAAGCUGGAGGUCCACGAGUUCUACUGUGGCAAGCGGACAGAGCUGUGCCCAGACUGCGGCCAGUCCAUCAUGCUCGAAGUGCUUGCCCAGCACAAAGACGUCUGUCGGAGUGAACAGGCCCAGCUCAGGAAAGGCGAGCACACAGGCCGGGGAGGGAGAGGGAUGCUCCAAGGACCAGAGCCUCUCCCGGAUGGGAUGCGAGGAACGGAAACUGUCAAGAGGACGGAUGACAAGGGGGAAAGAAUUUCAGCUCCUGGAAGGGAAAUCUCCUGUCAUUAUUGCAACCAAAUGAUUCCAGAAAAUGAGUAUUUCCACCAUAUGAAAAAAUGUUGUCCAAACUCAGAGUUUGAGAAACAUUUUCCAGUUGGAAAGCUCCAAAUUCCUCCUCCAUCUCUUCCAAGUCAGGCUGCUGAAAAUCAAACUUCCACGACAGAGCAAGAUGUCCGUCCAAAGACAAAAAAUAUAAACAGAUUUCCUCUUCUUUCUGAAAGUUCAUCAAAGCAAGCACCAAGAGGCAAAAACAAAACUGUGGGUCUGCCUUCAAAGUCUGAGUUCAAGACCAGGACCACUUCUUCUAUAGAAGAUGAGGCAGCCUAUGACAUUCUGAGGAGAUGUCCUCAGUGUGGUAUCCUACUUCCCCUGCCAACCCUAAAUCAACAUCAGGUACCCAGCCUUUUUGUUCUUGUCUUUGCUCUCUUGGCUGUGAACCACCUGGACAGUGUCAAAGAAAUCCAAGCCCUGCAGGAUGUUUGCAGAUGUGGCUGGAAAAGCCCUUCUCUGUCUCCCUUUCUCUGUGUGCCCAGAUGCACUCCCUCUUAGCACUUACCACCUGGUUUAUUUGCAUCGCCUUCCAGAGACUGGGUCACCUUUGAAAAUAGAGCCAGAUCUCUCAUUCUGUGUCUCCAGCUUCCAACCUAGGGACUGACACAAAACAAGUGCUUCAAAACUGUUGAGUAAAUGAAUGAAGCAGAGGGUACCCAGUCUACCUCUCUCGUGGUGUAGAUAUGGCAACGGAGGCCCAGAGAUCAGAAGUGUCUUGGUCAAGAUCCUAGGUCAGUUGGUGGCUUACUUCCAGCAGAUCAAGGUUUGCUUCAAGCAGAUCAGGGUUUGCAGCCAUCUCCCUGAAUAUCCUGAUUUUUACGUCCUAGAUUAUUUUCUAGUAACAAUAAGAAUUGCAUUAGAGGUCGUUAACCAUUGUGUGCCAGUUGCAAUGCAAAGCUCUUUACAAAUGGUUAAUCUUCAUUGUAAACAGUAGGCAUGUAUUUUAUCCCCAUUUCACAGAUGAGGAAAAUGGACAGAAAGAGUAGCUUCCCAAGAGCUACAUAAUUAGAGAGCAGCAGAAUCUAGUCUGGCAUCCACGUGCACAUAGCUGCAAAGUUUAUGCCUUUAACCUCCAGACUGGAUGCCUCACUUAAAAAUAUUUUUUUCACUGUUUGAUGUUUUUCAAAAUACAAAAGUACUAGAUUUUGUUAUAACUAGUUGACAUAAUACCACAAAAGGAAGUACAAAAGCAAAGCUAAUCAUCCCCCACUCCCGCCCGAUUUUCCCCAAUCCCAUGCCCCAAGAUACCAAUUUCAACAGCCUCAUGGGCACCUUUUCAAAACUUUGUCUUUGCUCACACAAACCUGAACAAACAUAAACAGGGUUUGAAUUGUUUCCUUCCCCCCACACUACCUUCCUGUACUCACUACUCUGCCAUUUGCCUUUUUCCUUUAAUAUAUGACGCACACUUCUUACAAAAAGGUUGGCCUAAAUCUUUUUUUCUAACUUCUUUAUGCAUUUAUAUAUGCACAGAAGCUUAUAAUUUUACAAAAAUGGGCUAAUUUCAUACUUGCUAGGGGUGCUAUUAGUGCCGUUUUCCCUUGCCUCCCACAAUUUGGUGUGUUUCCUUCCACGCCCUUCUCCAUCCUUAUAUAAUAGGGUUGCCAGAUUUAGCAAAUAAAACCACAGGACACCUAGUCGAAUUUGAAUUUUAGGAAAACAAAGAAUUUUUUUUA